AACAUACACACAACCAAUAUCCCAUCUCUCAUUGCUGAGGAGUUCGAGCUUCUGAGUUCUUGUGUCUUUUGGUGGGUGUGGGUGAUAGUCAUCACACUGACCCACGGAUGCUGGAAAAUCCUCCAUCAGCGGCAGCAGCCGCAGCAGAUCCAGGGGCGGUCGUGAAGCGCUAUGCUCCUCCCAAUCAGAGGUAUUCGUUUCGUUCUUCCAUGAAUCGUCCUCUUAACAGACGCAAAUCCGCAGAUCGGUUGGAUCGAACUAACAAUCCUCAUGGUGGGAGUGAUCUGGAGAAGAGUCAAAUUUCUAGUUCAAGAAAUAUUUCUGUUAUGGAUCAUGGGGAUGGAAGCAGCAGCAGUCUUCUGAAUGAGAACUCUCGGGGGUUAGUAGCUUUAGAGGGGUGUUGCACAAGUGAAGCUUUCCAGCUCUUACAUAGUCGUUGGGCAGCUGCAAUGCGUUGCUUCAACGAUCCAUCUGUAGAUCUACCAGAAAGACCAGUAAUGUACACAGGAAGCAGCUCAGCAUGGGGUCCCUUCCUCCUUCCUCAUCAGUUAAUGGCUUCGACAGUCGGUGCUGGGUCUCCUGGUUCACCAAUGGACUUCUUGAGUGAACUUUUUCGUUCAAAGAACAUUUCCGGUGCUGGUUUCGAGACUUAGAAACUCAUCCACAACUUUACUCAAUAUCCGAAAGCAAACUUGGAGCGGUUGGUGAUCUGUUGUACUCUAAUUAUAUUUUUGGUAGGUGGUAAAAGCUAUUAAACUUGCACGUUGAAACUCAACAACAUCCAUUUACUUAGCCAAUCUGGGAAUUGUGUGACAAAAAUCUUCGAUCCAUCUACUGGUUUGUGACACGAACGAGUGAUGUGACUGAAGUAUGGUUUGUUUAUGUAUGCAUACAGUAUGAAGUGAGUAGAUCUCUCUGUGGGAAUGGGUUUGUGUGA